UUUUAAUGCUCUGCCAUUUCCGUUCGAGUCCUUUCAACAGCAGCAUCGACUGCCGUCGUCUUAUGCAUUUUGCGACCGGCAUCUAUAAAUAAAACGUGGUAUUCUUAAUCAGUGCAGCCGGAGCAAAAAACUCAGCAGCGGAUUUGACUGCUAGUAUUCGAAAUGGGUAUGCCUAGAGGAAGUAGUCGUGGAGGAUACUCCUCACAAAGGGGAUCCUCUUAUCGUGGGGGCGGUCGUGGAGGUUCCUGGCACUCAAACAGCAGAGGUUACAAUGGUUCAUCACGCGGUGGCCGCUUUAACUCGUCACACAACCACAGCUCAUCUUUCUCCUCCAAUCAUUCAUAUGAUAGAAAGUAUUCCAGUUCCUCUGAUAAAUACAGCAGUGGUUCCAGGAGCCAUCAUAGUGAGGACUACAGAAGGCCAUACAAGAAUGAUUCUGGUGGAUAUUCCAACAGAGAUCACAGAUCCCCUGACAGGAAAAGAAUGAGGACUGAGUCAAGUCACGACCGCAGUUUUUCUGGAUCCGGAGGCGAGUACAAGAAUCGUUACGAGAACGAUCGCAGAAGCUUCUCGCACGACGGGCGGCGGGCACCGUCAUACACGCGCAAGGAAGAGUUCCGAAAGCCACCGCCGCCUUCGGGCAGUCCCCGCGGAGGGUACCGAGGACGGGCGAUGACGUCGCGUGGCGGCGCAAUGCGUGCGCGCCCCAGAGACAGGCCGCCGGUGCGUAAGCGUCUCGUUGAGAGCUCGUACGCGGUGAAACGGCGCGUGCUCGCGCCGCGCCCAACUGACUACGCCAGGAGGCUUAAGAUAAACAAGCUGAGGAGUACCAUCACAAGACGUCCUAAGAAGACAUCCAGUGACAACUCCGAUGAUGAUGGAGAAGAAGAAAAGAAACCAACCAUUAAACAGGAAGAAGGCGUCGAAGAGCCCGAUAAAGAAAAGAACGAAGAGGUGAAGUCGCCUAAAAAAGAAAAGAAAGAAGAGGGUAGUGAGACUGAAGAAAAGAAGGAAAGCGAUGGCGAGGGUGAAAGGAAAAGCUCAAGUUUUAUUAAAUUGAGUUGCCCGCAUUGCUUGAUUCGCUUUCCUACCUUCAGCAAAUACAGCAUGCACUUGCAAAGUGGUCGACAUGCUGCCUCUAUGCGACGAGUCGCAACCAAACAGAAGACUAUCCUUUCGCAGAUGCGAUUGGUGCAGAGAAAGGCGCAGCGAGAGCUUGAGAAAACCACUGAUGAUUUGGCUCCCAGAACAAGCUGGUGCCCGAUGUGCAAGCUAAACUACAAACAACCAAAAGCCACUCAUCAAGCAUCCAAAGCUCACUUAGAUAUGAAACGCUUCUUGAUGCCGCACUGCAAAAUUUGUAAGAUUACUUUCAAAAGUCCUAUGAUUUAUGAAAGUCAUUGUUGCAGUCUUGAUCAUAUUAAGCGUAAAGCUACGUUGUCAGAUAAAAGUGACAAAGAAGAUGCUUCUGGAAAUGAGGAAGAACUGGAGAAUUUUAUGACUAUUGACUCAGUCGGUGACGUUGACGAAGAAGGCGAUCAAAUUAUGAAAGAAGAUAAGAAAGAACAUGUAAACGUGGGCAUUGAAGAAAUCCACAAAGUGGAAGUAUUUUAUUGUGACCUUUGCCGAAUGUACUUGCCUCGUGUAAACGACGACGAUGAAAUGAAUAAAGAAAUUGCCCGCCACUGCAAACAACGCACUCACUUGCAGAAAUACAUUCGCUACAAGGAGGACAAGGAACUCGCAAAGAUGGCCGAGCGCUUGGUAAGAAAAGAAAACGCCGAAAAGAAAAUAAAGGUUGAUAGCAAGGACGCCGAGGUCAAAGACAGGACUAUAGAGGAUGGAGCCAAGACUGAGGAAGGUAAUGAUGAAAAGUUCUACGAGGCACCCGCAGGUAUUGAAAAGAACACUAAGUCUGAUGAUGAAGAUGAGGACGAGGAAGACUCUGUCGUCAAUGGUGAGCGAUAUGACCGAUUCCGUCAAAGCGAGAAGGCAGAGGAUAAGAAGGAUGCACCUGUCGUGGAGGAGGAAGUGAAGAUUGAAGUUAGUCCUGAGGAUAGUAAGAUUUAAGAUGUAUUUAUAGGCAUAGGAAGGACCGAUCUCCCAUUGUGUCGUUUAAUAACAAGUCCUGGUUCUUUCAGGAUUCAAUGUAAUUUUUUGUUUUCUUAAUACACGAUAUUUGCUUUAGGCAGACAUAUAAAAGUUUAA